AUGAACUACCACCAAUACUACCAGAGGGCCAGCUCGGAAAGGCCCGAGCUCCUGAAGUUAAUUGGCACGGACAAAGACGAAGAGUCCAUUCCCUGGGGAUCUACCGUUCUGGGACUUCGCUACGACAGGGGGGUCCUGAUUGCGGCCGAAACCUGCGCCCACUCUGAAUGGAUGCCUCGGUUCCAGAAUAUGGAUCGGGUGUUCAAAAUAAGCGAACAGAUUAUUGUGGGCGGAGGUGGCGACUUUGGUGGCAUACAAAAAUACAAGGACACGAUUGAUGCGCAGGUCAUCGCGGAUCGCAUCUACUGGGCCGCCUUCGAGAUGAAGCCAAAGACUGAAGAUCACACGGCUGUGCUGAUAGUUGUGGGUGGCAUGGAUCCAAAGACGGGCCCCUACCUGUCCUCCAUCGAUUGUCGUGGUCGCAUCGUGGAGGACUACGUGGUGACCACGGGCCCAGCCCUGGAGGCGGUCCUGCCCAUGGUGCGCAACAACAAACCGAAGGACCGAGAGUUUUCGGAACAGGAGGCGCUCGCUAUGAUCUGGAAGGGCAUGACGGGGGCAUUGCAUUGUCCCGACGCUCGUGAAAUUCCCAGCUACACGGUCGGCAUCUGCAGCGCCAACGGAUGCCACAUUGAGGGACCCUACAGAGCCAACAAGGACUGGACUCACGCCCGUCACAAUGAAGUUAUGCUCUAG